AUGUCAGGUCUGUAUAAUCCCAACUUCUCGCCUGCAAGAGCUGCUUCUCCACAGAUUAGAAGCACCCCAGACGUUGACAGUCAGUACUUAUCAGAGCUGCUGGCAGAGCAUCAUAAGCUUGGACCUUUCACGCAAGUCCUUCCGAUAUGUAGCCGACUGUUAAAUCAAGAGAUAUUUCGGGUCUCGGGAAUGAUGUCCAACCAAGGAUUUGGUGACUUUGAUCGAAUGAGGCAUAGAAGCCCCAGUCCCAUGGCUUCUUCAAACCUUAUGUCUAAUGUUUCUGGGACAGGAUUAGGCAGCUGGAAUAGUCUUCCUCAAGAGAGACUAAGUGGACCUCCUGGGAUGACAAUGGACUGGCAAGGUGCACCAGCAAGCCCUAGUUCAUACACUGUGAAGAGGAUUUUGCGUCUUGAAAUUCCUGUCGAUACAUAUCCAACUUUCAAUUUUGUUGGUCGACUUCUAGGCCCUAGAGGCAAUUCAUUAAAGCGGGUAGAAGCUACUACUGGCUGCCGUGUAUACAUUAGAGGCAAAGGAUCAAUAAAGGAUCCAGACAAGGAAGAGAAGCUCAGAGGAAGACCUGGCUAUGAGCACCUGAAUGAUCCACUUCACAUCUUAAUUGAGGCUGAUUUACCUGCUAAUAUUGUUGAUAUAAGGCUUAGACAGGCUCAAGAAAUCAUAGAGGAAUUACUCAAACCUGUGGAUGAGUCACAAGAUUUUAUCAAAAGGCAGCAGUUGCGUGAACUGGCAAUGCUAAAUUCCAAUUUCAGAGAGGAGAGUCCUGGUCCAACCGGUAGUGUUUCUCCUUUUAAUUCCAGUGGAAUGAAACGCCCCAAAACAGGACGCUGAGAGUUGAACCUUAAAUUAUUGAAAAUGUUUCUACCCUCCUCCAGAAUUUCAUAGCCAAGUAUACCUUAUGAAUUCUGAUGCAUAUCAGUUCAGCACAGUUUGAAAAGAUUAGGCUAACAGUUCUAGCUUGUGAGCUUUUCUGGUGGGCUUUUCAUUAUUAAAUUGUUUUGCUCUUCGGACAAAAGAAAAAUAAAAAUGAAAAAAAAAAAAGAAAUAUAUAGUUGGCUCUUGGAGUUUAGGUUUUCCUGUACACUCAAUAUACAUUCAUUGGAUUUAUUCUUGUGUUAGUAGCUUUAAGGAGUGUGCAAUAUAUAUUUUUAUCUGUUGCAAGCAUUAGGCUUGGUGAGGUCAGAUGGGAGUUUUGUAGGUGUCAUGUUUGUUGUUCCGGUAGUUUAUAUAUGAAGCAUAGAAAUGUAAGUUGGGUCUAUAUUAUUUUUUCGUUGACUAUCUGAAGCAUAUGGAUCUUCUUCAUCUUCCCUUUUCAGUCACUUAAUGUAAGUUAGAAUGUUACGUGAGAGAUUAUUAUGGCCGUCCAUGCACAGGCAUUUAAACCCUUUUCUUAAUGGAUGGAAUUCUUAUAUCUUUAAUGAAGAAAAUGUGUCUCAAGUUCUAUCUGUCGCUUUGCUGCCUUUGAAAAAAUGAGUAAUAAAAGUAGAAGUUUGUUCAGCCGCCAAA